CGAGCGUCAUGGCGGCUGCUCGCAUCGCCGUGCUGACGGCGGUGUUUUCGCGGAAGCUGAGCGUCGCGGCGGACAAGGCGGUGCAGUGCGAGCUGAAUGACUCGCUGCUCGUGGACGCGCAUGGCCAGACCGCGCCCAGCGUCGAGAUCCGGGUCAACGCGAAGAAGCCGUCGCGGGUAGCAGAGUCUCCGCGUAGCACGAACGGCUCGUGUCUAGCAGCGGCAGACGAGGCCCUAGCGUGCACCAGAGCCCUGCAUGCGGGCGGCACAGCUAAAGCCGUGGCACACGCUCGCCUAGGGGUGCCGUCGUCCGCUCUUGUGGCGGUCGGCAAGACGGACGCUCGCGCCAUAGUGGCGACUCUAGGAUCUGCCGCUGCCGGCGGCAUGCGCGAGUCUCACCACGCGCUGACUGCGAGCGGCGGCGGCACCCUGCUUCCCCCGAACGGCGUGGCGCCUCUCUCGCACGAGGCCAGCGGCGCGCCGAGCCGGUCUUCUCAGCGCGUGCGGUGGACGAAGCGGAAGAGCCGUUCGACGCCGCGGCAGGCGGCGUGGACGGCGGGCGAGGUGCGCGAGAGGGAGCGGCGGAUCGCGGAGGAGGUGGCGCGCGUGCCGGAGGGUCGGAGUGUGGCGGCCGUGCUGGACGCGUGGGCGGGGCGCGCGACGCGCGUGGAGAUGUCGAGCGUGGUGAAGGAGCUCGGCGCGCAGCGCAAGGCGCGGCGGUCGCUGGAGGUGUUCGAGUGGAUGGACGCGCAGCGAGGGCGAAUGCGCCCCAACGGCCACACGUACACCCUCAUGCUCGGCAUCCUCGGCAGGGCGGGCAUGGUGGAGGAGGCGGGCGCGCUGUUCGACCGGUUCCGCGCGGCGGCGUUUCGCGACAAGGUGCACGGCUUCAACGCCGUGCUGCACGCCUGGCUCACCCACGGCCGCGCUGAGGACGCAUGGGCGCUCUUCCACCACAUGCAGCAGCAGCAACAGCAGCAGCAGCAGCAGCAACAGCAGCAGCAGCAGCAGCAGCAGCAGCAGCAGCAGCAGCAGAGUCAAACACCGGAAGCGAGCGCAGUGUCGACUGUGCCUGGCAGUGUCAGUGCCAGCAGCAGCGCGUCUCUUGGCACUGCUGCUGCUGCUGCUGCUGCUGCUGCCGCCAGCCCAGCGCCAGCGGGGCAUCACACCCGCCGACCUGCUACCCUCAGCACCACGCACCUGCACGCCCCGCCUUGCACGCCCCCCCGUGAACUCGCUUCUCAUCCCUCGCCUCCCACUUCGCCCCUCUCCUACUCGCCUGCUGCCCCCUCCGCUGCCCGCGCCUCCACCGGCCAGUCGUCGCAGCCGUCGCAAGCGCCUGCCGCCCGCGUAGAGGACCGCGGCGACGGCGACGGUGCGGCGAGGUGGGGCCCCGCGCCGGCGCCGGACGCGGUGACGUACAACACGAUGAUGAGCGCGGGGCUGGCGGGGGGCCGCACGGCGGGCAGGGCGCAGGCCAAGUGGCGCGGGAGAGGCAAGAGCGGGGGGAGCAGUGGGGCCAGCAGUGCAGCGCGGCAGGCGCUUGCGCUGUACGGCGAGAUGAAGGCGGCUGGCGUGCGGCCGAACUCGCGCACGUUCAACAUCCUCAUCGCGCUGCUCGCCCGCCACGGCCAACUCGCGCAGGCGGAGGGCGUGGUGGCGGAGAUGCGUAGGGAGGGCGUGGAGGUGGACGCGUACACGGUCAACACCGUCAUGGCCAUGUACACGCACGCCGACCGACCCGACGACGCCAUCCGGACGUACGAGAGGGCGGUGGCAGCGGGCAUGCAGGCGUCCCCGGCGACCUACACGGCGCUCAUGGCGGCGCUCACUGCAGCGGGCCGCCCCGCUGACGCCAUCGCUGCCUUCCACCGCAUGCUGCAGGCCGGCCUCCCUGCUGACGUGGCGGCGUGCGGCGCACUGCUGGCGGCGCUGGCAGAGGCGGGCGAGGCGGAGCGGGCAGAGGAGGUGCUGCGGGCCAUGCACACGGAGCACAGCGUGGAGCCCAACGCUGUCGCAUACUCCGCUGUCAUCAUGGCCUAUGGCAGGCAGGGCAUGUGGGAGGAGGCGACGCGCAUGUUUGAGGCGAUGCUGAGCGCGGGGUGUGCGCCAGACCUGCAGGUGUUCAACAUCCUCAUGGCCGCCUACGGCCUGCAGGGCCUCUCGCUGCCCGCCGCGCAGCUCUUCCGGCGCCUGCAGGCGCAUGGGCUGCGCCCCGACGCCGUCACGUACAACACGCUCAUCCAUGCCUUCAGCAAGGCCGGCCUGCCUGCCGCCGCGCUGCGUGCCUUUGAGCACAUGCGGCAGGGCGGGUGCGAGCCCGACCAUGUGACGCGCUGCCUGGUGGCGCGCAUCCUGCACGAGGCGGGCCGCCACACUGAUGCCGAACACAUGCUGCGCGCCCCUCCGCCACCGCCCCUCCUGCCCUCGCAUGUGUAGCUUCGCGUGUUCAGAAAAGUUGUAGCUUGGCCAUACAAAACAGGCUUCAGUAGAUACUGAUGCCAAGCACUGUAAAUGUGAGGCCAGUGUGGACAUGCCUGGAUGCCACUUGUGAUUCUCAUAUGUUCGUUUGGCUGGGAACAAAAUGGACACUGUUGG